GGCAGGAGAGUAGUCCUGGACCAGAUGGAUUCCCCAAUAACCCAUGGACCUAGUCAACCGCUGAGUUUCAGUUGAUUCCAAUUUCAAAAUGAUUACCUUCGCCUUCUAUAACUGAAUUCAUUCUCUUGCCCCAGCCGAUUAAAAUGAUCGUUACAUUUAUCGCAUCUUGUCAACACGGAGUUCCUCUCACAAACUCAGACUCUGAGGGAAAGGACUCUAGCAUUCACAUGUGAACUAAUCUGGAAUAUGGAUUUUUCUCAUACAGGGUGAACAGCAGGAGGAGACCUUUUUCUCAAUCGCUAAGCAGGUGUGCCUUCCGUUUCUAAUUGCCGGUUUCGGCAUGGUUGGAGCUGGAAUGCUGCUUGACAUCGUCCAGCAUUGGGAAGCAUUUGUGAACGUCCCCGAACUGUUCAUCAUGGUGCCAGCUUUACUAGGAUUGAAGGGCAAUCUCGAGAUGACUUUGGCCUCCCGGCUUUCCACUCAUGCCAACCUGGGGAACCUGGAUUCAAACAAAGACCGGACGAAGAUAGCUUUGUGUAACCUGGCCCUCGUCCAGUGCCAAGCUAUCGUGGUGGGUACACUUGCAGCCGUGGCAGCCGUGAUAUUGGCCUUGAUCAUAGGUGGACAUGUCAACCUGCAUAAUUCCUUUCUUCUGGCUGCCAGUGCCAUUCUUACAGCAUCUCUUGGCAGCAUGGUUCUUGGCUUGGUGGUGAUCAUGGUGGUGAUCGUGUCCCGAAUUUGCGGUCUCAAUCCCGACAACAUCGCAUCACCGAUCGCUGGUAGUCUGGGGGAUCUGGUGUGUCUUUCACUCCUCUCAGGAUUUGCCACUUUCUUCUACGGAGUAAAGUUUUCGUGGGUGAGCCCAUUGGCUGCCGGGAUUCUCAUUCUGACGAUUCCGUUGUGGGCAUACCUGGCAGCGCAGAAUCCAUGCACGAAAGUUGUUCUUCGUACUGGCUGGUUACCCGUCAUUUCAGCCAUGAGCAUCUCCAGUGGUGGCGGUCUCAUCCUCGAGCUAGCAUUAACACGUUACAGUGGAAUAGCCGUGUUCCAGCCGGUAAUAAAUGGAAUCGGGGGGAACAUGGCAGGCGUUCAAUCCAGCCGCAUGGCCACGUUCUUUCAUCGGCAUUUCGAGCCCGGUCAACUUCCGAUUGAUCUCAAAAAGUGGUGCUUCAAUCCCUUAGGCGUCUAUUUUGGAAACGAUAUUCAUUCGAAGACGGUGCGUGUCCUCCUGGCGCUCCUCCUCCCUGGUCAUUUCCUUUUUGUUCUGGCGAUCGCAUUGAUGAAGUCUGGCCAUACGACCGUCACCCCCACGUUCAUGCUCUUCUACCUCACUGCUGCUUUCCUACAGGUGUCUAUCUUGAUGUACAUCGGUCACGUGAUGUUGCACGCGAUGUGGCGUAAAGGAAUCGAUCCGGACAGUUCAGCCAGCCCGCUUUUGACCGCCCUGGGUGACCUCCUUGGAACAGGAUUCCUUGCUCUUGCUUUCGUCGUCUUAUAUUUUCUUGGACAUCGGGAAAUUGGUGUCGCAGAUUGACUCAGGGAAUUUAUUUCCGUUACCGUCAUCCUAGGCUUAUCCUAAUGUUCACUUCCCAGUUUGCUCAGAAG